UUGCGCGACGAAGAAAUGCCAUACGAAGAUUUGUCCUGGAAUCGACUUAGAAAGGCUUCAAUUGACGUGACCGAAGAGAGGCGAGAAGCCGAAGAUAGACCGACUCCAAACGGUGCCCAGUGCAAUCAUGCUUCUGGUGCGGAGUUGUCAGGAUGGAGUCUGAGGAAUCAAGAAAGGCAGAGGACCUGCGUAUGAAGGAACCAGCCCUGCGGAUGAAGUUCUGAGGUGCAUACAGAGGGAUCCCACUGAAAGACCAGGUGCAAUGCUGCAUUGAUAAGAUCCAGAUUCAAGAGCAUGGAUGCUACCAGAUCCUGUGAUUUGAAGUUACCAGUGUCACUGCUGCUACAAAUGACAUCAGCAACACUUCCUUUGGUGAAAGUUUAGAGGAGCAAACAGUUGGUGCUCUGUGUAGUCAGGCAGUGGAGUUUUGCCACAAUCAUGAAGGUGUCAAUUUUUGCUCUGGCUUCUGGGACACCUUGGAUCUACAUUGCAACCUAUGCUAGUGUUCAACAUUUCGUGCCAUAGUAUCACUGAUGCAAAGCGUGUUGCAUCAUACACAAAUGAGAGCCAACAAAUUGUCAGAUAUUUUCUAGUGAUAGAGAACUGCAUGCCUUAAGCAAUUGUUGAAGGUGAUAAGUGGUGAAUGGUAGGGCUCAGCCACUCAGCUCCUUCCUUCAAAAGCUAUCAAUCAGCUCUAGAAGAGUAGUCAUAGCAAUGCUUCAUAUGUGAAGGCUACUUGCCUCAACAGAACAUUGUGGAUUUGUUAAUUAAGUACCUCUUUAUUACAAGUUUGUGCCCAUUACAAGCCAAGCUUAGUUUACUUAGUUUGUUGCAAGUUUUCCAGGCAGCCUUCACACUUGUGUCGCUGAAUAUUUAACUUUAACUGAUAGACCGACGAGAUAUUGUCCCUUUCGCAUCAGAUUGUAAUCAGUCAGUCAUGUUGGUAGAAGGUACAGUCUGUCUUAAAAGUAUACCGCGCAAAGUGACGGUGGAUCCAUCAAGCCUGACCGAGGAAGGGCCUGCUAUAAUUUGAAAGUCACCGAACCAAUUGACCUGGGGAACGGACGAGGAUGUCAUAUAGAGCCACGCAGAAAUCGCCGGUGAUUCGUUGCCCAUCAUUACAGAAUGAACGCAUGCCGGAUGAAGGGUUAUGUCAAUAGUCUGUACAAACUACAGGAUGUGAUUGACUUAUCUGACAGUGACGAGCGCUAGAGGUCAACUUAAGACCGUAGGUAUGCGUUCUUGUCAUGGAAUGUGUGCUGUAAAUCGAUUGUUUCAUGCGUGUGAAUAUAUGUCUGAAUGUAAUAAGGUUUUUAAUUUCAACUGUGUAAGUUAAAAUAUGUGAUAACAUCGUAUCUUUCGUACUCCGUAGCUUUUGGUGACCAUUCGAUCAGCUAGCUCCCUUUCCUUCCGCUCAAUGACGAUGUAGUAGUUUGCCUUUCACACGCGUCAUUGUCUUCCUAAUAUCGAAAUCAACUGUAGCUACUCAUUUUAGCAAAAUGAUGAACCUGAAAAAGACAUGAAACGCAGUUUCCGUUCGCGGCGCGUCGGCCGCCGUCGCCGCCCGCAGUGUUAUCCCCGGCCUGGCCGGCGCCCGGCCGGCGCGUUGUGUCCAAAGCAUACGGUGCUGCCACCUGGCGAGACUUUUUGGAACUCUUAGCGCGAACAUCCCCAUUAUAGAGUUCAGUGAUAUAACAACAUAUUGAUAUUAGUGAAUGUUUAUUUUUGUUACUUUUCAUAAACCCUCCAGUUUCCAGGGUCUGCAUGCAAAAGUUCUGUUAUUUUAGAGUCAAGCUAUUGUACUUAGGGAUUUAUUUUGGCAAUUUAGUCAUGUGUUAGGUUAUAAGGCUGCAGAAACUUUUAGUUGAGGUUGGUAUCCACUAUCCAGUUGCAGCUAUAAUUGUGUCAUAUUUUGUAUCAUUUUCUGAACAUGUAAACACCUACCUUACCUUACCUUACCUUAGUUGGUCAUCGGGUUAUAAGGCCACUCGGCCUAUGGGUCCCGCUCGUAUCGAGUGAAAGGCAUAAUCGGAGAGGCUAUGGUCGAAUACCUAUAACCUAUGUGAAACGUACCUAUGGCUACCUAUAUGAAUUCAAAUAUUGUGAUUGUAGAAAAGCAGUUACCCUCACAUUGCAGCGGGGAUUAGAACAAUUAACCACACUUGUUAUACUAAAAGCCUGUUUGCCAUCAAUUUUGGGAAUUCAAAUUGGGUAAUGGUAAGGUAGACGUAGCACAAGCUGCCCUAUGCACGAGAAUGGGUUUUUCUAACCAAACCUUACCUAACCUGACCUACAACCUACAGCCUUAAACCUAAAAUUUACAACCUACGACCUAGUCCUACGGUAUGGCAUAUCACGACAGCUUGUGCUUCGUCUGCUACCAUGACCCAACUUUGUUCCAAUUCAUACCAACUUGGGAUGACAGUCACUGCAGAUGUGUGCUGACCAUGCAGGUCUUUGUUACAAUUGCAAUUCUAUUGCGUUACAGGUUCGGAGAAUGGGUUUUUCUAACCAAACCUUACCUAACCUGACCUACAACCUACAGCCUUAAACCUAAAAUUUACAACCUACGACCUAGUCCUACGGUAUGGCAUAUCACGACAGCUUGUGCUACGUCUGCUACCAUGACCCAACUUUGUUCCAAUUCAUACCAACUUGGGAUGACAGUCACUGCAGAUGUGUGCUGACCAUGCAGGUCUUUGUUACAAUUGCAAUUCUAUUGCGUUACAGGUUCGGCGUUCUACAGCUGCGACCCGCCAUGGCUGGGCCACCGCGGCGGCAUCACCUUCAGGGUGGACCUGCGUCCUGCCCGUGGCCACCCGCCGGUCGGACCCGCCUGCAGUCCGCAGGGAAGCUGCCCUGCGAGCCAUUGCAGAGCUCCCGCACCCGGACGUCACUAUCUGGUCGGACGGCUCGGCUCGCGGCGGGACGGAACAGGGCGGCGCAGGCGCGCUGAUCCAGUUCCACCACCUCAACAGAGAAGAGACCGUGCUCCAGGGGCGGUCUGCUCCAGCCUAAGAGCAGAACUGACCGCCAUGCGCGAGGCGUUCGCGGCUGUGGCCGGCCUGGAGGACGGGGAGUUGGCAUCGACCAAGUCGGUUCGGUCCGCCUCCUCACCGACUCUAGGUCUGGGCUCCAACUACUCGGCCGCGGCCCAGCUAACCAGACCAUGGCCCUGGCCGCCGAGGUCUGGAGGCUGCUGAGCACCCUCGCCGAGAACGGCACCGAGACGGUGCUCCAGUGGGUGCCAGGCCAUGCCGGGCUGGACGGCAACGAAACCGCCGACCGCCUGGCUGGCGAGGACACGGCGGGCGACCAAGACAGCGCACCGAUCGACCUGUCGAGUGCGCGGGCCGCCGUCACGCGCCAUGUCCGGGAGCUGUCGCGACAGAGGGCAACCGCUGCCCACCCGCACCCGGACCCCACGCCUGGCCACGACUCCCUGGCGCGCUGGGGGUCGGUCACGGUGACGCUGUCCCAGCUGAGGACCGGCACAUCACCGCUGACCCGUGACACGCUCCACAAGAUUGGCCUGGCAGCCGACGACGAAUGCCCCGCGUGCGGGGAGCCCGACAGCGCGGCGCACCUACUGACCGAUUGUCCGGCCUAUGAGGCGGCCAGCCGCCGCCGCUGGGGUGUCGACCCUCGCCUGGUCGACGUCCUCGGCGGCCCGGCGACGAAGGUCGUCACCUUCAUCGAGGAUGUUGGGCGGACCGAGCUGCCGCUCGACCCGCCGCCCCCCUGAGCGGGUUGGCGGUGGGAUGCAGAAGAAGAAGAAGAAGCAACUGCCAGCGCGCCACGGCGGCGAAGCCGAGUUCCGCCGCUGGACCGCCCGCGCAAUGGCCAGCACAGACAAGAGACAACCGAAUCACAACACCUACAAUUACGUUAUUGUUAUGGUAUUGUUACAAUUAACCCUGCUCUUUCGAGCGUGGAUGCACGCUGAAAUUGUCGCAUAAUUCCAUGCAGCUUCCACCCUUCUGCAAUACAAAGCUUGAAUACAAAGUAGUCUUGCAAUAGGUUUAGAACUUAUGUGCAGAUUGUCGAUGCUGGUUGACUUGAUGAUUGGAAUUGUGUUUAUCUGUUUCAUCUGUUUUGACUUAAAUAUAUGGCCAUGGACUUUGGCCUACCUU